GGGAGCUCACCACAGAGCUGUUCCUUGCAGCCCUGGUCCUCCGCAGAGCAUCACUCCGCCUCGCCAGCCAAGGUCCAUUUCCCACCUGCAUCCCAGCGCAGCCAUGCUGGGCCCGGCAGUGCGGCUCUCGGUCCUGCUCGGCCUCCUCGGCUUUGGGAAAGGUCAGAUGUUUCAUAUGGGACCAUGCCCAGAUCCACCAGUCCAAGAAGACUUCGAUAUCAACAAGUAUCUGGGGAAGUGGUAUGAGAUAGAGAAGCUGCCCUCAAGCUUCGAGAAAGGAAGCUGCAUCCAGGCAAAUUACUCGUUGAAGGAGAACGGGAAGUUCAAGGUGAUCAACAAGGAGCUGCUUUCCAGUGGUAAAGUCAAUGAAGUCGAAGGAGAAAUCAUGCACAUGGAUGUAAAGGAGCCGGCCAAGCUUGGUGUCCGCUUUAACUGGUUCAUGCCUUCUGCCCCUUACUGGGUCAUCUCCACCGACUAUGAAAACUACUCACUGGUUUACUCUUGCACCAACAUCCUCUGGCUCUUCCACAUUGACUACGCAUGGAUUUUAUCAAGAGCUCCUGACAUGCACCCAGAAACCGUGGAGCAUCUGAAAAGCGUUCUCAAGUCCUACAAGAUUGACACUGAGAAAAUGAUGCCCACGGAUCAACUGAACUGCCCUCCUGAGAUGUAACUCCCGGCACGCAGUGACACGGUGCCAGACCAGCGAUGAACUUUAUUGCUUUCUUUAUUAUCCAUUAGAAUUUCUCUAUAUAACAGAGAAAUGUAAUAAUCCUUUCGCUAACAGUA